AUGGCGUCCGCAAACAACCGACCACGCACCAUCACCCCGACAUCGCCCUCGCCCUCUCCUUCGCCUCGCCAGUCUGCCGCCAACCUGCCCCGUUCGGCCGCCGCCGCCGCCGCCGCCGCACCGCCCGCCCGAGCCGCACCACCACCGGCCGAAUCGCAACAGGCGCCGCGCUCGCACGAGGAGCUGGUCCGCGCAGACCUCGAGAACAAGACGCGCGCCAUCGUCGAUAACCUCUACCAGAUCGCCGUCAUCGCGGCCGAGACGCAGCCAGGUUCAGAGAACCUCGUCGCUCGUAAAGUGAACGAGACUGUACACGCGCUCGCGCAGCUCGACGCCACAAAGGUCAACAUCAAGGCGAUGGUGCCCGAAGACGUUGUCGAGAUGCUCGAUGCCGGCCGCAAUCCCGACAUCCACACGCGCAACUUUGUCACCCGCCUCGCCGCCGAGAACCAGUACUCGUACGGCCAGCACGCCGCCGUCAAGGAGUACAAUCUCAAGCUGACGGCCGCCCUCGACCAGGCGUUUCCGGACCUCGCCGCCGAUCACGCCGGCGCACCGCCUCCCGCCAACUCCUCGUAA